UCACCUCUCAUCUGUCUGUAUUCAGAGUCGCAAUGCUUGCCGGUUGGAAUGCACAGAUUUGAUUGGCUGAGUAGCAUCACGUGGGAUGGCUUAACUCGCAUGUAAUUGGUCUGUGAGUUUCUUUGCAGGGGCCCAUCCUGGGCCUUGGGCGAGGAUCAAAAAAGGGGAAACAAGCAAACUACCAAAAAACAAUAAAUCAACAACAAUAAAACUUAUUUUUAUAAUCAUAACCCUGCUUUGUAACCUGUAACCUGUAAGUCUGCAAAUCAGUCACAUAACCCAGGUGUUCCAUCUUUAUCUAUAUAUUACUGGUUGGAAUUACUCAGUUAACAGAAUCAGAUAACAGAAUAAAAAGAUGUUUGUUGUGGCUGCAGGUGUCCUGUGGAAUCUGUCCUCCAGAGACAACCUAAAGGAGAAGCUGUCCAAAGAAGCUUUAUCAGAGUUGACAGAGAAAGUACUGGUUCCUCUGUGCAGCAGCAUCCCACUCAGCCCAUCUGAGAGAGACAUCUUCUACAACACCAGCGGCUGCCUCAGGAAUUUGAGCUCUGUGAAUGAGAGGACGAGACAGAAGAUGAGAGACAUGCGAGGCCUGGUGGACUCUCUGGUGUCUUACAUUCAACAACAGGAGAUGGCAGAUGACAAGGGUUUGGAGAAUUCAUUGUGUGUGAUGAGGAAUCUGUCCUACCAGCUAUACACGGAGCUUCCUCCAUCAGUCCGGUUGCGUCUGGAGGGUCCAUCCAGAGCCUCUGCCUCCAGGGACAGCGAGGCCAUCGGCUGCUUUACUCUGUAUAGCAAAAAAAACAAUGAGCGUAACCAGAAUCUGUCCAUCCUGUCUGAAGUGUCCCGACAACCUAAGGGAGCUGAGUGGCUGUGGCACCCUAAGAUGGUGGCGCUGUACAAGCUCGUUCUGCAGAACAGCGACAGUAGCUCCACCAGCCGUGAGGCUGCCAUAGGAGCCCUGCAAAAUAUCACUGCAGGCGAGGCCAGGUGGUCGUCAGUGCUGAGUGGUGUAGUGCUGGAGCAGGAGAGGAUGCUGCCCAUCUUGCUGGAUCUGUUAGACACCGACAGUGACAUGGAGCUCAGGCCUCUGACCGGCCUGCUAAGAAAUCUGGCCAGACACUCCACCAACAAAGACCACAUGGCUAAAACCAUGGUGAACAUUCUGGUGUCCAAGCUGCCCAGUGAUGGCCAUCAGAAAACACCAUCCAGCGAGGUGGUGGUCAACAUCUGUGGAGCCCUCAAUCACCUGGUCACCUGCAGCUCCUUGGCAGCCCGUGACAUCUCAUACUUCAACGGCCUGCAGAAACUGAUUGGUAUCAAGACAUCCCAUGAUAACAGCUCCGGGAGUCUAAAAGCUGCCAGAGCAGCGUCAACUGUCCUCUGCAACAUGUUUCAGUACAACAAACUGCACAAAGACUACAAACUGAAAGGAUUUGCCAGACGAGACUUCACAGAUGCCACCAUCUAGGCUGCGGCAAGUUACACAAUUCAUUCUGAGCUUUUGAUCUCAGGAUCAAGGAUGCUGUGAGAAAAAGACAAGGAACAGUUGGAUUUAAUGAUCGAAUUAUCUAACUGAUGGACUUAGAGAAAGAAAAAAAUGGACUGGAGCCACUGGAACGAUGGACUUAAAGUGUUUCCUCUGUCAGGUGUCUGUGUGUUUAACUUGGCUCAGCUUGCAGCAGAUAGCCGGUGAUGGCGGGAACUUAAUGGUGUCCACACAUACAGUGGACCUCACCCCCAAAACUAUCGUAUGCUUUGUGUAUUAGUGUUUGACUAAUGUGGUUUUUUGACUGAUUCUAAUGAUUUUGAACUAAUGUUGUUGAUAGCUGAUAUAUGAUGCCCACAUUAGAGAGACAGAAACCUCCAUAGUUCAGGCACCACUAGUGAUUUUGUGCCUUUCAGAAAAGUCUAGAAAAUCCCAUCACUGUAAUGCAGCUUUUAGAUCCAGGAAAAUAACAAAACUUAUGCCAUAUUACUCACAAUCUAAGACGGUAUCUAAUGUCGUAUCACAAUAUAUCAAUAUAAUAUUGAUAUUUUGCCCAGUCCUACCGCAUAGUAUCAUGUUCAAUUUGUCACAUUUAUAACAAACCACGUCAGCAGUAACUACGUUUCUAUAUCUAGCUCUUAUCAUGAUCAGGAACAUGGCGGGCAAGGAGAUGUUUUUGUCUCGUGCCAUUGUUCUUGUAAUGUAUUUAAUAUUCAACAAGAGUACAAGACCAACAACGAGCGUUGGCGUACAUGCUAAACCAUUAACAAAUAGCAGAUUCAAAUACGUCAUCAGCGGAGUCUUGUGAUUGGUUCGUCGCUGGAGGUGGGAAGUUGGCGGUACUGAUUCCCCUGAAUAUCGAUUCCUGUUCCCUUUCACACAUGAGCACUUAGACUGCACGUGUGAAAGGGGGUAGAGAGACCGACAAUAGUGGCUGGUGUUGGUCUGUCGGCCGGUCAGUCCGUCCACCCGUUUGUUCUAGAGACUCAUCCAGACCCUGACUGUGGUGAUGAUCACGUCAGUUUUUUUAUUUGUCUAAUACUUUGGUUUAUGGUCACAUAACUGCAAAACUGAUACAUUCCCAUCAGCCUCGACUGUACUUUAUGUUUAGUGCUAAUUAGAAAAUGUUAGCAUACUAACAAGCUAAGCUAAGAUGAUAAACAUGUUAAACCUUUUCUGCUAAAUA